AUGUCGGUCACGGCGGCUAAUCUCACUGAGCUAGCCGACUGCAGGAGAUACGUAUUAAAGUGCAGACACAAGUGUACUCUCUAUUCCUGUCACUUUCAUACUCCGGUGAGACGACACGAGACACGACCGGUGGGAGUUAAGGCGCAGGACCGACGGGACAUGUGCUCUCCGAAGCACGAGAGUGAAACACCCUCAACUUCCCAAUUCCGAGAUGUUACUGAGAAUACCUUAACAGAAAAAUCAGUAAUUAAACUUGGUGCGACCCUGGACUCGAACCUGAGACCUUCGGAUCUGGAGUUGUACAUGGAAGCCACUAGGCUAACGAGGCAACGCUUGACUUUUAAGAAUGAGAUC